AUGGUCAACGACCCAAUUGAUGAGGAAUUCGAAAAGGGGACAGGCCCGAAGAAGUUUUCAUACAAGGCAUUGGCUCGAUCGACAAAUGAUUUUGACGAGGGAGAGAAGCUUGGAGAGGGAGGGUUUGGUGGGAGGGUAUCAAGUGGGUCUAGACAGGGGCUGAAAGAGUAUGCAGCAGAAGUAAGAAUCAUCAGUCGACUUAGGCAUCGAAAUCUGGUGCAACUCAUUGGUUGGUGCCACGAAAAGAGAGAACUCCUACUUGUUUACGAGUUCUUGUCCAAUGGAAGUUUAGAUUCCCAUUUGUUCAAAGGAAAAAGCUUGUUAGCUUGGGAGGCAAGAGAUAUCAAAUCCAGCAACAUUAUGUUGGAUUCGAAUUUCAACGCCAAACUGGGAGAUUUCGGGUUGGCUCGACUUGUUGACCAUGGGAAACAAUCACAAACCACUGUUCUGGCUGGAACCAUGGGCUACAUGGCUCCUGAAUGUGUCACCACAGGAAAGGCUAGCAAGGAAACAGAUGUUUACAGUUUUGGAGUUGUUGCUUUGGAGAUAGCUUGUGGGAGAAAACCCAUUGAUCCCAAGUUGGGAGCAAGUAAAAUCAACAUGGUAGAGUGGGUUUGGGAGCUUUAUGGACAAGGGAAAGUCAUUGAAGCAGCUGACCCAAAAUUGUGUGGGGAUUUUGAUGAGAAACAAAUAGAGUGCUUGUUGAUUGUUGGGUUGUGGUGUGCUCAUCCAGAUUACAAGAUCAGGCCUUCGACACAACAAAUCAUUCAAGUUCUUAGCUUAGAAGUUGCGCCGCCUAUUCUUCCAUCAAAGAUGCCAGUAGCCAGCUACUUUUCUCCUCCGGUAUCAUUUUCAAUCUUGUCCGGUGAUGUUACUGGUUCUGAAAGGGGUCAAACAGAGUCUUUAAGUUAUGGUUACAACACCAAUUCAUCACAAUUCACCUCAUCUUCCGCUUCCAAUUCUACUCCAUCAGCUUCACUUUUGUACACAAAUUAA